GAUUCUUUGGACUAUGGAGAUGCUCUUGGGCUGACUCAAUCGUCUAAAAUCGAAUAAGGCUCUCUCUCUCUCGAUCAAAAUCAGCGAUGAGUGGUACAGUGGCAAUGCACAGUGUCUUCGUCUACGGCAGCCUCAUGGCGGACGACGUCGUUCGUCUUCUCCUCAACCGUGUCCCUUCCACAGCCUCCGCCAUCCUCCCUGAUUUCCAUAGAUUCAGCAUCAAAGGACGUGUUUAUCCCGCGAUCUUACCAGCUCAGGCCGAUAAAGUCUCUGGCAAGGUACUGUUUGGAAUCACGGAUGAUGAACUCUACGUUUUGGAUGAGUUUGAAGAUACUGAGUAUGUUAGAGACAACGUCCAUGUUUUAUUGACUGAUAGCUCAGAGAAACUGGAGACAAAGACAUACAUUUGGGCUAACAAAGAGGAUCCUGAUCUCUACGGUACAUGGGAUUUCGAGGAAUGGAAGCAAGUUCACAUGGAAGGUUUCUUGAAGAUGACUAAAGAAUUUGCACAAGAGGUGAAGUUUCCGGAAUCUGAGACAUGAUUUGAGUCAGUAGAUGAGAUUUGGUAUUGUUUCAUCAAUGGAAAACGCUGGCAUUGGGUUUAUAUAUUACUAUUGGAAGGAUUAAGAUUCUUCUUCAUGAAUAUAAUGCAUACGGUAGCACUUGUGUCAAGGAAUAACACUCUUCUUUAUUAUGCUGUAUGGUUAAUACAAUACAUUGUAGCACUUAUGUAUUGAAAAUUGAGACGAAUGAUAUUUGCCACUAUAGUGGUAUGCCUUCGGA